GAAAGUUUAUGUUAAGACAGAAGAGUGAAAGAAAAUUAAACGGCAUGUUUUUCCUCUUUUGUUGUCACUGGUCAACGAAGAUACAAAGGAGGGCAGAAUAGUUCAAUCAUUUUCUUGUUUUCCAUCAACAACAAAUUAAAAAUCAUUCUCCUCUCUCUUCCAGCUUUUGGUUGUGGAGAGAGGACUCUAAAGAAUAAACCAUCUCUGUCACUUUCUUUGCUGGUGAUGGUGUCAGAGAUGUUUAGCUGUGACUGUUUUUGGUGGAACAGUGUUCCUGAAUCCUACCCUUCUGAGCCAGAGCCCUUCUCUCUGCCAGCACCUCUUCCACAGUGGCCACAAGGUUCUGGUUUUGCUGGAGGAAGGAUAAGCCUUGGAAGCCUAGAAGUUUUGAAAAUAAGGAAUUUUGAGAGGGUUUGGAGGAGCAAAAACUCACAUGGUAAAUAUCAAGCUUUUGUAUUUUACAAACCUUUGGAGAUUCCAGAUGAUUUUUUCUGCCUUGGUCACUAUUGCCAGUCCAAUGAUCAGCCAUUGAGAGGAUAUGUUCUUGUGGCUCGUGAAACAUCUUCAGAACCCGAAGCAGAAUCUCCAGCUCUUAAAAAACCAAUUAACUACUCUUUGAUAUGGAGUGCUGAUUCACCACAUGAUGGAAGUGGUUAUUUUUGGUUGCCAAAUCCUCCAUUGGGAUACAAAGCAAUGGGCAUAAUGGUUACUAACAAACCAGAUGAACCUGAAGUUGAAAAAGUUAGAUGCGUGCGAGCCGAUCUGACAGAAACUUGUGAGACCUGUGAUCUAUUACUAUCCAUGAACUCAAAGUUUUCGAAAAUUUCAUUCAAGGUUUGGAACACAAGGCCAUGUGAAAGAGGGAUGUGGAGUAGAGGUGUACCAGUAGGGACAUUCUUCUGCAGCACGUAUUCUGACAAUAAACAAGUGAAAGAUAUUGCUUGCUUGAAGAAUCUUGACUCCACUUUACAUGCCAUGCCAAACAUAGACCAAGUUCAUGCACUCAUUAACCACUACGGCCCCACUGUGUACUUCCACCCUGAUGAGAUAUACCUGCCAUCAUCAGUGCAAUGGUUUUUCAAAAACGGAGCACUUGUGUAUUCAAGAGGCAGUGAGAAGGGUAAAGCAAUAGAUAAGGAGGGAUCAAACUUACCAAGUGGGGGAACAAACGAUGGUGCUUUUUGGAUAGAUUUGCCUAGUGAGAGUGAUGCUAGAAAUAAUGUAAAGAAGGGAGAUAUAGAGAGUGCAGAACUUUAUGUUCAUUUAAAACCAGCUUUGGGAGGAACAUUUACUGAUAUUGCUAUGUGGGUAUUUUGCCCCUUCAACGGACCUGGAAUACUUCAAGUGGGGUUGGUGAACAUUGAGAUGAACAAGAUUGGUGAACACGUUGGUGACUGGGAGCAUUUCACCCUUCGUGUGAGCAACUUCACAGGAGAACUAUGGUGUGUAUUUUUUUCACAGCACAGUGGAGGAGAAUGGGUGGAUGCAUUCAACUUGGAGUUUAUUGAAGGAAAUAAAGCAGUUGUUUAUUCAUCAAGGCAUGGGCAUGCAAGUUUUCCUCAUCCAGGGAGCUACCUUCAGGGAGCAUCCAAACUUGGAAUAGGAGCAAGGAAUGAAGCAGGUAGAAGUAAACUUACAUUGGAUUCCAGCAGCAGAUACAAGGUUGUUGCUGCUGAGUAUCUUGGUGAGGGAGCUAUUGCAGAACCAAGUUGGUUGCAGUAUAUGAGAGAAUGGGGUCCUGCUAUUGUGUAUGAAUCACGUUCUGAAAUAGACAAGUUGAUAGAUCUGCUUCCUGUGUAUGUUAGAUUAUCUGUGGUGAAUUUGUUUGAAUUGUUUCCUACUGAGCUUUAUGGUGAAGAGGGGCCAAUUGGUCCAAAGGGGAAGGCUAACUGGGAAGGAGAUGAAAAGUGCUACUAGUUCACUCUCUUCUUCUUCAUCAGUUUUUCUCUCUUCUCCUUCUCUGCUGUAUCAUAUAUUCUACCACCCUUGCCUUUUUCUUUUAAUCAUAUG